AUGCGGUUUUCUUCUUUCACGCGAGGCCAUCGCGGUUCUGGCAUUGGUGGUACCGCUGCCACCAUUCUCGGUAUCCUGGAGCUCUUGAUAUCGCUACACGCUGAAGAAGCUACCGCUGAGCAACCUGCGCCUGCCUCUUCACAGGCAUACGAUCUUGGCCAUCUGGGCCGGUAUCCUGUCCAACACUUCAAAUCAUUCGAGCACAUUGCUCCAAGACCAAACAUGAUACGCCAAGAUGAUCGGUGCUCCAGGAGUCUACUUACUUUCCUCUCGCCCCAUGGCUCUGCUGAGCAGGCAAUACAACCUCAAGCCACCAUAUUGGACCACAACGGCCGUCUGAUCUGGACUUCGGGUUGGGACAAGAAGCAGAUCUAUAACCUAAUGGCGCAAGAAUACAAAGGGCGCAAGUACAUUACUUUUUGGGCAGGCAAAACUGUGGUUGGAGGUCAUGGUGCCGGUUCUUAUUACAUGCUGGAUGAGACGUACAACAUGACGCGACGGAUCCAGGCGAAAAAUGGUCUCAAGGGCGAUUUUCACGAGUUCCGAAUCACCCCAGAAGGCACCGCUUUGAUCACGGUAUACGAUGUGCAGGAGGCUGACCUGUCUGGCUUCGGAAAGGAGAGGGGCCCUAUCCGGGACAGUGUGUUUCAAGAAAUCGACAUUGAAACCGGCCAACUGGUGUUUGAAUGGCGGGCCAGCAAACAUGUGAGUAUUGCCGACACACAUCGUGACAUCGGUGAAGAAGGCGAGCCCAACGGUAAGCCAUUCGACUGGUUCCACAUCAGCAGCGUGGACAAGGACGCUCAGGGGAACUACUUGAUUUCGAGCGCACAUCUGCACAGCAUCUUCUGCAUCAGCGGGCAAAACGGAGAGGUCAUCUGGACCCUGGGCGGCAAGGGAAACAACUUCAAGGACCUGUCCGGUGGCAAAGCGACCAACUUUGCAUUCCAGCACGACGCCCGCUGGGACAACAACUACAGCGAGCUUACGCUCUUCGACAACAGCCGCGAAGCGCACCCACGGGGCGUUCGUCUCCGGGUUGACACAGACGUCAUGGGCGUAGAGCUGAUCACCGAAUACGCAAGCCCGACCCAUGCGCCGGCUGCAUCACCAGGCUCGCUGCAGAACCUCCCCAACGGAAAUGUACUAGUUGGAUACGGCUCGUCCGGCUCCUUUGCGGAAUUUACGCGCGACGGCAAGGUUCUCUGCGAGACGCAUUUCGGACCGCAGAGCCGCUCCGGCACGAGCGCCAUCCGGUCGUACCGCGUUCUCAAAUUUGCCUGGCACUCGGCCCCAGAGACGCAGCCCGAUCUCACCACCUCCCAAGACGACGCUUCGGUGUGGAGAGCAUACGCCAGCUGGCACGGGUCGACGGAGGUCUCUGACUGGGUCCUGCAGGGGAGCAGCGACCCGGCCGUGGGGAAAUGGAAAACGCUGGCGAGCAAAGCCAAGGAUGGCUUCGAGGCGGAUUUUUUGCUGGAAGCCGACCAUUCGAAAUAUAUCAGGGUUGUGGCGAUGGACUCGAGGGGCAACGCACUUUCCACGAGCGAGCCAGCGGAGACGAGAAUGGACAUUCAGAUGCACAAGGUAGACGGGUCCAGAGCAGCCUUUGAGUAUAGAAACGCACGGGCGCGGGCGUGGCUGGCCGGCUUGGCCACGGGCUGGGGCAUCGCCACGCUUGCUCUCGUUUUCCGACACGCACUCGAAGCGUGGUUUACGCGUCGUCGACGGAUGGUCGGGCAUGCCGUUGCGAAGGGCGAGAAGGAAGACGCAAGGGGACCAGACGCACCCCCUUUGCCGUGUUGA